AUAGGUGAAUAAAAGUUACUCUUCAUGUAAUAUUAAAAGCACAGAUUAAUGUUUAAAUAGUCAAUCGUCAAGACAACUUGUCUUCUACAUGCGUUCCAUGACAAAUACUUCUGUGCGUAAAAGACGCAGUGUCAGGGAGGCUGAUCUCAGUUCAGAUCAAUGGCUGAUUUGUAUUCACAGUGUAGAUAAAUGACGGGAGUCCUCCCUCCCUCUCUCCCUCCCUCUCUCCCUCCCCGGUCAGAAAAAGCCUAUAUAACGACAAUGAGGGAGGGAGCAGCUGAAGACCGGCAGCAGACACUCGGAGGUUCGAUUCCCGGGGGACAGUACACUGGGCACUAACAUGGCUAACCUUCGCCAAUGCGGCGUUUUCACUUCACUGCUGUUGAUUUCUUUGCUUUCUUUGCACGAUGCCGUCAGACUGGACUUGACCGAGUUAAGGAAUAAAGUUGCCAAGAUCAAAGUGAACCCGAGAGGCAGUCUGUGGGCCACAGGUCACUUCAUGGGGAAAAAGAGUCUGAUGGAUGAGCCUGCGGUGCCACUCAAGCAGAAAACGAAGCUGGUUGAUCCUCUGGAAGACGAUCUCCCCGAGGAGGAGCGCAGCGCUUUUCUCCAACAGUUGCGGGUGGCGUUGAGGGCGCGGUUGGACACACAGGACUGCCGCUCCAGUAUUCAGGAGCUGGAGUUGUUGAUGAAGAUUCUAGAACGCUUCAAAGCAGACAGAGAUGCAGAAGGUAAAAGUCUGGAACACAUGGACACAUGAGUGGACACAUGAGUGG